UCCCUCGGCCAGUCGGGGAUGAGUGCGCUAACAUACCUGUAGGUUGCUGUUUAAAUGAGUGUAUGAUGGAAAACGACAGUGGCGGAGUUUGCGCUCUCCAGUCGCAUGAUAGGAAACGCAUGCGCAUAGAGGAAACCAACUGGUUUGUGUCAAGCCGAGGCAGACGGACGUGAUCGAGCCAAAAAUCACCUGUAUUUUGGCAUUCAUGGUGACACAUCCAUGGGCUCAGAGCGGGAGGAGAUGCGUAAGAGACAGAUGCAGGUUCAUCAAGAAGCAGCUGCCAGUGUCCUCCAAGCGCGCCACAGAAUGGGAAACACCCCCACCAACGCCUCAAAUGCCUGCUGCUUCUGCUGGUGCUGCUGCUGUAGCUGUUCCUGUUUGACUGUUAGAAACGAAGAUGAAACAAUACAAAGGUCCACGUUUGAGAGCAGGACGGACAAAACCACUAAUUGCGAAGAAAGCCCGAAGCCUACUCUGGAAGACACUCGCUCCUGGGCGAUGUCAUUUGAAAAGGUGAUGAAAAGUGCAGCCGGGCGAAGCUGCUUCAGGCAGUUCCUGAGAACAGAGUUCAGCGAGGAGAACAUGAUGUUCUGGCUCGCCUGCGAGGAGCUCAAAAAGGAGACGAACAAGACUGUGGUCGAGGAGAAAGUCCGCCAGAUCUAUGAGGACUUCAUCUCCAUCCUUUCUCCUAAAGAGGUCAGUUUGGAUUCACGCGUCCGAGAAGUGAUAAACCGCAAUAUGCUUGAGCCGACCUCGCACACGUUCGACGACGCUCAGCAGCAGAUCUACACGCUGAUGCAGAGAGACUCGUACCCCCGCUUUAUAAACUCAUCUGCGUACACAGAUCUGCUGAAGAGCCUGGAGGAGUCUCAGUCUCCCUCUGAGCCAUAGACUCUCCACUGCCACACAAUGCUUUUUAGCGCAUGCGUCCCACCCGAAGGAGUUUCGUGUUCAUGUUGGAGUCCUGCUAUUUAAAGAAAGACAGACGUGAAAAUGAACACUACUUAUCCAGCUGUAACUGCUGUUUAUUUACCCACGAUUAGCUUACCAAAACCUUUGGAGCAAACAAGAACAAAUGCUCGGUUCAGCAUCAGUUACUUGUCUAAAACAUAUCUAUAUUUUUAUAUACUCCCUAGCGCUUGACAUUGCACUUUUCUACUACCUUGUUUAAUGAGGGAACGCAUGUAUCUGUGAGCACUGCAUUUGUAUUUAGGUAUAUUGUGAGCCUUAAUGCAUAUCCAGUUCUUGUAGAAACUAGUAGUUUUUAUUUAAUGGUAAAAUUAAGAAGAAGGAAAGUGCCUUGGAAUAAGAUCUUCUACACUAGCACCUUUGGUCUAAAACGAAUGGUGCGACAAUGACUUCACACGUUGGUGCUUUUAGCUCUUCUCAAAGAUCAAAGUUUUUACAACUUGACGAGCUGAUACCCAGAUAUAGAUCUUGUCUUUGUGUUUCAAUACUGUGAUACUAGUCUAUAUUUAAUUUAAGCAAAACAGGGAAAAACAAACUAAAUACAUGACCAUGACCACUGAUAUAUUUGUGUAUUUAAAAAGGAAUUUGUGUGAAAUAACUAUACGAGUUCUCACAUAAAUAAAGCACAAUCAUAUGUUGCUUCUUGUGUCAUGAACAUUCACAGUGGAGUCUAUGCUUUCACCUGAUUAUGUAUUGCACACGUAGUACUGUAGUUUUUGCAGUGUGUUAAGAACAGUUUUCAGAAACGAUUUACACUUUAGGACAGCCAAUAACAUAUUGGCUGUCCUACUUAAUCAGGUAAGAAGGCUGAUGAAAUCCCAGGUGCAAAUACUGUAUCUACAAUUAUGUAAACCCAAAUGCAGGAGAAGAGGAAUGAAAGAAAGCAGAAGAGAAACUACAUGUGUUUAAAUGAGAUGGGGGCAGAUGGAAAAGUGAAGGGGGAUGAUUUUAAAUGCCUGGGAUCAACCAUCCAAAGCAAUGACAAGUGCACAAGAGAAUUGAAAGAGAGUAAAGCCAGGGUGGAACGGGUGGAGAUCACAGUUAGGGGUGAAAGAUGGCUAGAGAUAAGAGUCAAAGGGAAGGUUUAUAAUAUGGUAGUGCUAUGAUGGUUUGGAGAUUGUGGCUCUGAUAAAAAGACAGGAGGCCGAGCUAAGAUUUUCACUGGGAGUGGCCAGAAUGGACAGGAGUAGAAAUAAGUAUAUCGGAGGGAGUUUGGAGACUAAGUCUGAGAGGCAAUGCUGAGAUGGUUUGGUCAUGUGCAGAGGAAGGAUAGUGGAUAUGCUUGACCAAGUAUGCUGAAUAUGGAGCUGCUGGACAGGAGGAAAAGAGGAAGACCCCAGAGAAGAUUCAUGGAUGAGGGGAAAGAGGACAUGCAGGGGGUUGGUGUGACAGAGGACGCUGGGAUCGGGGGAGAUGGAGGCAGAUGAUUCGCUGUGGUGACCCCUAAAGGGAGGAGCUGAAAAAAGAAGAAAUCUGAGAAGCUGGCAGCAAUAAAUAUUCGGCCUUUUAGCUUGGCGAUGUGCCUUAAUUAAUAAUUCAUCACCAGACAAGAGCUACAUUAAUGAAAAAGAAAAACAUUUAACAACAGGCCAUUUAUUGUGAGAGAGUAGGUAUUAAACCAUGAAAUGUAGCCCUAGUUGUUAUAAUACAUACAAUUCCUGCAAGAAAUGGCUCGUCUCAAUGAAAAGUAGCUUCACAA